AUGGACUCUGAUUCCAAGAGAUUCUUGUCUACGCUUCGAUCCCGAUCUGAAGUUUUAAUGAGCUUUGAAGAAAUAGAUGGAGAUGAUGAUUUCCAGGAGGAGUUUGCUUGCCCGUUCUGUGCCGAAUCCUAUGAUAUCAUCGGCUUGUGCUGUCACAUUGACGAUGAACAUAAUCUAGAGUCCAAGAACGCUGUCUGCCCUGUUUGCUCUUUAAGAGUGGGAGUUGAUAUUCGAAAGAGAAAGUCGCGUAAAAGCAGUUCGAAUUCUUCCACGCUUUCUCUUCUUAGGAAAGAGUUAAGAGAAGGAGAUCUUCAGAGGCUGUUAGGACUUCCUUCUCGUAAUAGCAGUUCUGCUGCAUCGAACGGAAUCCCUGAUCCGCUUCUAUCGUCGUUUAUAUCGCCUACACGAUCAUCACCUCCUGUGACACGCCAAACCAGAAAAGUAUCCGAGGAGAAACAUGUAGAGCGCAAGAUACAAGUUUGUAUCUCACCGGUCUCGUUGAAAGAUCGAGAAGAGAAGCUGAAGAAAUCAGAGUUUGUUCAGAGGCUCUUGUCGUCAGCCAUUUUCGAUGAGGUUUGA